AGUCAAACACAACCUGCACUAUCACGAAAGAAACCUUCCAAGACCUGUACCUACCAAAGACUUCGACCUCGAGAAAACAGUCCUCGAGAUAUCCGCUGAUGAAGAAAGAGGAUCAACGGAGACCAAUAAAUAUCUGAAGUUCUCGCGUGUAAACGACUAGCGUCUUGUCUACGGCAUUAAGUGUCCCCUUCCCGAACGUGGCGAGAAGCCUUCUUGCAAGUUGCUUACACCUUCCCCUUAAAAGCACAAUGACACCGCCUUGCUUGCUUGCAACGGUACUCAGCAUCGUCCUUUCCACGGCUGUCAACGUCGCUUGCCAAGAUGAGCACUUGUGGUCAGUGACAGGGGUGGCGGGGAGGAGCAGCGAUCUUCCUUGUUACCUGAACCCACGAACACCGGGAGACAGACCUAAGCUCGUCCUUUGGUACAAGAGAGGAUUCCGAACACCCAUCUACAGCCACGACGGUCGGAAGCCAGAGAUGAGACAAGACUUCAAGCAAGAGAGACGUGUUUUAAACGUGAACAGGGGCGCCGCUACACUAACGCUAAACAAUCUAACUGUGAGUGACGCUGGCGUGUAUGAGUGUAGGGUCGACUUCUUCAAAUCCCCAACGCACACCAAUUUUGUCAACCUCACUAUUGUUGACGAACCCAGCCACCGGCACAAGAUGAUCCACAGGCCUCAUUAUGUUACCUGGCAGUUCUUAUAUCAUAUGAAAGAAAAUGCACCAGAGUUCCCCCUCUCCCAACGUGACCUGGUGGAGAGACGAGAAGAUCGUGAGCGGCCAGUGGGAGGCUGCGGGUCCCGGCGUCGUCCAGAACCAGCUGGAGAUCAGGAGACUGUCACGUGA